CGCCCGUGAAAAAUUUAAUUUUUUAGAUAGUUGCACUCUUUCCAGAGUUAUCGGAUAAACUAGAGUCCUUGUGUGAAGAACAUUUCACUUAUACAAGUGAUUAAGGUAUUAACUCGCAUUUGAUCAUGUAUUUUAGAAGUUUAUUAUUGAGAAAAUGCAUUCAAAACACAAGAAGAUGGAUUUCAAAAUUCAAAACACCAGAAAAAAGUGGAGAGAACUCCAUGGACAUCACUAAAAUUCGUAACAUUGGGAUAAUAGCUCACAUAGAUGCUGGAAAAACGACAACCACUGAGAGAAUGCUGUAUUAUUCAGGAUUCACUAAACACUUGGGUGACGUAGAUGAUGGAGAUACUGUCAUGGAUUAUAUGGAACAGGAGAGGGACAGAGGAAUCACAAUCACAUCAGCUGCCAUUACAUUAUUCUGGAAAAAACACAAGAUAAAUCUGAUUGAUACACCUGGGCAUGUUGAUUUCACAGUUGAGGUUGAAAGAGCUCUCAGAGUAUUAGAUGGAGCUGUGGCAGUUAUAGAUGGCUCUGCUGGUGUAGAAGCCCAGACUCUCACAGUUUGGAGGCAGGCAGAUCGAUACAACAUUCCUCGAAUCAUCUACAUCAACAAACUUGACAAAACUGGCGCUGAUUUAGCCCUUUCUCUUCGAUCAGUUCAAAAUAAACUAAAGGUUAAUCCUCUUGUGCUACAUCUUCCCCUCGGCAUUGAGAGAUCUUUUUAUGGAAUAAUUGACGUCGUUAAUAUGGACCAGAUAGUGUGGGAAAUGGGCAAUGAUUCUGCUGGGUUUACAUUUAAAAGGCACAAAUUAACAUCUGAGUUAGAACAUUGGGAUAUCGCUUUAAAAGCCAGAAGUGAUUUGAUUGAGGCAUUGGCAGAUAUUGAUAAUGUAAUAGCUGAUCUAGUCCUUAGUGAUAUUGACUUUAAUGAAAUAUCACCCAGAGAACUCCACGAGGCUCUUCGCAGAGUCACAAUUGCAAAAUCAGGCGUGCCUGUUUUAUGCGGUAGCUCUUUGAAAAACAAAGGUGUUCAAAUGCUAUUAGAUGCCAUAGUCAUGUACCUUCCUUCUCCCAAUGAAAGAAAAUAUGAUUUUGUGGAAUACUACAAGGAUGAACUCUGCGCCCUAGCUUUUAAAAUUAUCCAUGAUAAACAAAGGGGUGCAUUAACAUUCUUAAGGAUUUACUCUGGAGCUGUAAGCACGGGAUCUUCUAUAUACAAUGUGAAUCAGGAAUGUUCAGAAAAGUUUAGCAGACUUAUUCAAGUCUAUGCUGAUUCGUAUAAAGAUGUAACCAGUGUUACAGAAGGAAAUAUUGUUGCAGUAACUGGCUUAAAGAAGACUAAAACGGGUGAUACAAUUACGACAAAUCUCACUGCUGCUAAUCGUGCCAAAAAACUUUUUGCAAAAGACAAAUCUCAUGAUAACGAUGAAUCACCUCUCCUGACUGCAGUAGCCAUCCCAGAUCCAGUCUUUUUUUGUUCAAUAGAACCACCAUCCUUAUCUAAACAAAAAGACUUGGAUUUUGCUCUUGAGUGUUUGCAGCGUGAAGAUCCAAGCUUUCACGUCUCAAUAAACCCCGAUUCUGGACAAACUAUAUUAUCUGGAAUGGGAGAGCUGCAUCUUGAAAUUAUACAUGAUCGUCUCCGCAAGGAAUAUAAAGUGGAUGCUUAUCUUGGUCCAAUGCAAAUUGCAUACAGAGAAACAAUUCUGGAAUCGGUUGAAGAGUCGGCCAUCUUGGAUGUGACCUUGGGUGAUAAGAGACACCUAGUUGAGAUGACCCUAACUAUAUAUCCAGCUGAAAACCAAGGGGUGCCGAAACAUGUCAUUGUUGUUCCCAGUCAGGAUAAUCAGUUAGAACGAAUCAAACGUCAUCACUUGAAGGCCAUUGAAAAUGGGGUACAGUCUGCUCUGGCACAAGGACCUAUCCUUGGGUAUCAGGUGACAGACGUAGAAGUGGAGCUGCAUAGAUUUAGCAUUGGUCAUGGUACGUCACUUCCUAUGGUGUCAGCUUGCGCCUCUCAGUGCGUACAGAAAGCCCUGGGCCGUGGCUCUAGUGUGCUGCUACAGCCAAUGAUGGCCAUCGAGAUAAAUACUGAUGAACAAAGAUUGAGCUCUAUAUUAGGUGAUCUCUCAAGACGUAACGGCCAAAUAGGUGAGAUCCAAGCACGUGGUGAUACGAGAGUUGUUCUAUGCAAGGCACCUCUGAGCAAUCUAUUGGGCUACUCCACUGAUCUUAGAACAAUUACAUCUGGAACUGCAACAUUCUCAUUAGAGCUUGCAAAUUAUGAACAACUGGACGCUCAUGAACAGCAAAAUGUGAUUGAAAAAAUGAGUGGCGUUGGAAGACAUUGAAAUGAUGUCAACAAUGUCCAAAUUAAAACAGGUUUAAAUUUAUUCAUAAUUUGGUAUUGAAAUCAUAUUCUGUAAAGAACUCUUGGUUCACAAGGUUUCAAACUUCACCCAUCAUAGGUUCCCACGCUCAAUCAUUAUGUUUUUUUUAGGACAGGUUCGAAGUUGAUGAAGUUGACUUCACCUUGAUAAUUUAAGAAUGAUUCCAUAUUGACUUAGUGGACAAAACAAAAUGCUUUUAGUAUUUUUAAAGUAAAUGUAUCAUAUCUCUAAACUUUGUCACAAUUAAGUAAGAUGAACAUCAGUUCACUGGAUCUUUCCAUAGAAACUUCAUGGAAUGCCCUACAAUGAGAAUUUAUAAGCGUGACUGCUGGUGAUCCAUUAAAUCUUAAAAUUAGGAGUUAUUGGGAAAUUGCUUUGUGGAAUUGCUUUGUGGAAUACUGAACAAUUCAUGUUAAAAUAUAAUAAAAGAAAAGGUUGAUUGAACC